GCCGGCGUCGGGCGAGUUCCUCCCUGUUGGGGAGGCUUGAUUUUUCAGUCAAAAUUAACACAACAAAAUCAAGAUGUCUGUUGAUCCAAUGACCUACGAGGCUCAAUUCUUUGGCUUCACACCACAAACUUGUAUGCUUAGGAUCUACAUUGCAUUUCAGGACUACUUAUUUGAAGUAAUGCUGGCGGUUGAACAGGUUAUUCUUAAGAAGCUGGAUGGCAUCCCAGGAUCUGAGAUUAGUCCGGUUCAGAUUCGUAAAUGCACAGAGAAGUUUCUUAGCUUCUUGAAAGGACGUUUUGAUAAUCUUUUUGGCAAAAUGGAGCAACUGUUUUUAGAGUUGAUUUUGCGAAUUCCUUCAAAUAUCUUACUUCCAGAAGAUAAACCUCAGGAGGAGCUUACGUACAGUCAGGAAGAAUUCCAGAUUCUCCAUAAAGAAAUUGAGCAGUUACAGGAGAAGUAUAAGACUGAAUUAUGCACUAAACAGGCUCUUCUUGCAGAACUAGAAGAGCAAAAAAUUGUUCAAGACAAACUCAAAAAGACAUUGGCGUUGUUUGAUGAUCUUGAUAAUGUUGGCAGGGAAAAUGGGAUGAGUGAUUUUAGGGAGAGCUUAGUGUUCCUAGUUCAGAAUGCCAGAAAGUUACACAGUAUUAGAGACAGUGUGGAGAAGGAAGGCAAAAAAUGGAAAUUAUCUUGA